AUGGAUGACGACGGAGCCAUGUAUACAGACCUGACCCGUACUGACUGGUCGGAAGCCAAGAAGCUGGGGUUUACCGUCACGGAGUUUCUAUUGAUUUUAUGUGCAGUACUAUUGGGUCAGUACAUGAGAGGAAUAGGUCAUACAUUCGUUUACAUGUUUGCAAUUCUUUUCUUCGCCUUGGCAUUCCAGAUGAGGUUCUACGCUUUCGGUACUUACAUAAAUGGGUAUACGGUUAGUUUGAGUGAUUUGAGUGUGUAUGACAUUCGAGGUUUGGAUUACUUUUCCGUUUAUAUCUUUAAUUGGGUAGCGACCCUGUCGGCUGGUGCAGUGGUACAAGCGAGUGGUGGAUUCCUGGUGUUUGAGAAGUUAUUGGUCUCUAUUUUCCGUAAUAAGGCUCGUCUGUUAAUGCCGUUAGGAGCGUCAUUGAUCGGUGUAUUUUGCGCGGGUGUGUGCGGUACGGAUGCUGUUAUUGUUUUGUUCAUUGCCCCGUUUGUAAACGCAGCUAAGAUCCUUGGUCAGCGUCCAUCGAAGGCGCUUUCGGGGUUGAUUGUAUCUGGUAUUAUUGGCGCUGCCUGUUCACCUUUGAAUGCUGCGGUACAUUCCCUUUGGAUACGGUCGUUCUUAAUGAAUGAAGAGAUGGUUAGUUUUGCCACUGGCUGUUGGGUGAAUAUUCCAGCGGCCAUUGUGGGCGCUAUUGUGGCCGGCGGUGUUGCGACCUUUAUGGGCCGCGACCUAAAAAGUUCCAAGACCUUCCAUCGACGUCUGGAGGAGGGGCUAGUAUGCAGACCCGGGUCACAACAGAGCAUGUACUUCCCCGUAGGUAGCGUACUAAGAAAUAGCAGAGGAGAACUCGAAAGCAGUGGAGGACAGAUGUCGCAUCGCAGCAACGCUUCUCAGCACCGCAAGACGAAACUUCAGACCGCCUUCAGUUUGGAGUCAAGACUCUCCGCAGGCGAUUUUGUCUUUACCGAAGUCGCACCCAAAGAAGGUAGCUUCGUAGACAUCAACGAUCGUAUCGCCCGCAGAGGAGAACCUAGUUCCGCCGGACCUGUAUCCGCCGCGCCUACCUCCGGUGCAGAAACAGUGGGUCCAAGAAGCUAUCUGCUCGAAGGAUCCAUGAUGGUUAGCUACUCGUGCGCAUAUCGGACUCACGAACAAUACAGACCUGUCAAAUACACCAAAAUCACCGCCUGGGUGAGUGUCGGACUCUACAUCACCGCCUGCGUGUUCGCCUUUAUCUGGGCCGUACUCAGGAGCACACCUCAACGCUACUCCACCAACGAGUCCUCCCAAGCCGGUUUCUACCCUGACAACAUUGUUCACUUAAGCUGGUCACCGCCACAAGUCUUCGUGUAUGCCGUUAGCGUAAUGGCUAUUUCCCUAGUCACCAUGUUAGCCAACCGACUGCCCUCCUGCCAGGUCGAGCGCAGUUCCGUCAUCCGAUUCGGCUUCAUCGGAUUCAUUUCUUCGCUGGCAUUUUACGUGCUCGGCACUUGCUGGCUCGCGGACUGGCCGGAAUUCGUCCAUGACAUCAUCCAACAGGGCGAAGAUCCCACCAAGGAUAACCACCCUUGGACACGCAUUUUCUGGAUCUUCAUCAUGGCAAUAUUCACUGGUGACAGUGCAGUUGCUCAUCGCAUGAUAGCACCGUUAGUCACCUGGAACAAUAGCAAACUUGUCGAAUGGAUAGCCAGCAGUGUAGCCAUGGGCGCCAGCAGCAUAGUCCUACCGACCAACGGAAACAUGAUUGCAGCCUCCGAGAUUGACGACACUGGAUCUACCCGUAUGGGGCUGUUCCUCUUCGACCAUGUGUUCAUCGUCCCGGGCCUCUGCGGUGUGGCUGCAGCAUGGGGCAUAGCCUACGCUCUUGCCCACGCUCUGGUCGGCUAG